UUUUUUUUUCCUUCACUUGCCGGGGGCAACCCACAUCCUCGCCCACCUUUACGGCCCAACCAGUCGGCACACGUCAUACGCAUAUUUCUCACAUACUAUCAUCCAGUCGGUUGACUCAUUUUUAGGAGGCUCUGGGGUGCUGUCAAGAGCGAGCAGUCCUUUUCUUCUAUUUCCUUGGUUGCCCAAAGCCUGGCCUGGCCUGACUGACCGUUGAGGCUCCCACCCCCCACACCUUACUUACCACCCCCUGACUCCUGAGAAUCAGGGCGCCGCACGAACCAUGAUUCUGCCACACCACCAACGCCCCAACAGGAGUAUUGCCUUUGAGGAGGCUGCCAAUGGGAGCCAACCUUCGACUCACCGUAGCGUGACUGGGAAUGGUGACAAGGAGGUAGAUUUGGAGGAUUCUGCUGUUGACUCCUCGGCUGUGCCACUCCACCCGCUCGGUAUCAAGCCGCUCGGAAACAAGUACUUCUCCAAUGUGAAUGAUGCUCGGAAAUACCUGGGCACUUUGCAGGGCCUCCCGGAUGAGAUGCUCAUGCAGCUUCUUGAAUAUCUGGAUACACGUACUUUGAGGCUUCUGGGCUACACAUGCAAAUUUCUCUUUGCUUGCUGCAUGUCAGACGAUAUGUGGAAGGCAAUCUUCUUAAAGUCAGAUUUGGGAAAACAGUCAUCCUUUCCUUGGCUGGGGUCAUGGAGAUCUACCGUCUUAGGCCUCUCAACAGAGAAGCAGAUUCAGAUGGACUGCAGCAGUGUGUUUUCCGACGUGCUGCAUCGCCCGUUCGUCUGCAGUCAUAUCUCCUUGCGCAACUACACGACCAAGAUCCCAGCAGGAAACGAGAUUGACCGCAUGGAGGAUCUCUCUUACGAAGAGUUUGCUGACAAGUGGAGCAAGAAACCGUUCAUCCUGACCAAGUGUAUUCAGUCCUGGCCUGUCAGCCAGACUUGGAGCAUAGACAGUCUCUUGGCCCAGUGCCCAGAUGUCAUUUUCAGGGCAGAAGCUGUGGACUGGACGUUCAGGACAUAUUGCGAUUAUAUGCGCAACAGCCGAGAUGAGAGCCCCCUCUACUUGUUCGACCGAAAGUUUGCCGAAAAGAUGAAGCUCAAAAUUGACAAAGGGGAAGGUGCGGCAUACUGGAAGCCUGACUGUUUUGGCACAGAUCUGUUCGAACUUCUUGGGACCGAGCGUCCUGCCCAUCGAUGGCUAAUCAUUGGCCCCGAACGCAGCGGUUCAACAUUUCACAAGGACCCCAAUGCCACAUCAGCCUGGAACGCGGUGAUUCAGGGGGCAAAGUACUGGAUCAUGUUUCCUCCGUCAGCCUCGGUUCCUGGAGUCUACGUCUCCAAAGACAGUAGUGAGGUGACAAGCCCCCUCUCCAUUGCUGAGUGGCUGCUUGAGUUUCACAGAGAAGCCCGACAACUUCCAGAAUGCAGAGAAGGCAUUUGCAGAGCGGGCGAAAUUCUUCACGUUCCAAGCGGAUGGUGGCAUCUGGUGGUCAAUCUGGAGGACGGAAUUGCACUUACACAGAACUUUGUGCCCAAGUCGCAUCUUGCCAAUGUCUUGUCAUUCUUAAGUGACAAGGCUGACCAAGUGUCUGGGUUUGAAGACGAUGUGUCAGACCCAUACAACCUCUUUGUGAAGCGUUUGAGAGAGGAGUGCCCUGAACUGCUUGAGGAGGGACUCAGGCAACUAGCCGAGAAGCAGGCACGAAAGAAAAGAAGAUGGGAUGCCGUGGUUGGCGACAGUGAAGCCGAGGAUCACCCACAGAAGAAAAGCACUGGGUUCAGUUUUGGAUUCUGUUUUGGGGGUGAUGAUGAUGAGGAAAUUCCAUGA